GAAAAACAAUGAAUGGAUUUGAUUUUCUAAAGAAAUUAUUAACAAUUUUGCUGACAAAUUUGCAUCGUAAGAGUAAAAGAUUGGGCAGGCUUCGCCCCUGAGAAAAGUGGGUCGAUGCUUCAUACAGGUCCAUGGGCCCUGAUACAUACGUAAGUAGCUACAUGGAUUUAAAAUCAAAAUUACAAACAGCCAAUUUUUUUCUUUUCCUCUAAUUUAUCAUGUUUAUACAUGGUCUAUGUCUUGAUUGUGUAAGCUGUCAGGUUUGCACGUAAUUAUCAAUAUUGUUGAUCUUUGAUGAGGUGGUAUGGACAACAAAUCGUCGGGUUAUAAUUUCUUUUCCUGUGUCAAUUUUGAAAUAAAGGGACAAAGGACAAAACGAUUCUGUGCUAAUGUGAUCUAUUAUUACCCUUUAAUAAUAUUUAGUGUCCUAUUAUUAAUAUUCAGAAUUUCGUAUUCGCUGUUCCUAAUCCAAAGCAUUUUAAAAGAUGCUGACCAAAGUCCUGGUGUUAAUUUAAAAAUAAUGUAUGAUAUUAGAUGUGUAUUAUCAUCACAUUUAAAGGCAAACAAGAGGCAUGACAUUUUGUCAAAAGUGUCAAUUUCGGUGCCGAUAUUUCAUUGUUGACGUCGAAGCUUAAAAAAUGUCUACAAGUUAAAAUUAAAACGCAACAAGAAAUGAAGGAUUUAUUUAGCGAACUACCUGUGACGUACGAUCCUGAAAUUGUUUGUCAGUGGGAGGCCAGAGAGAAGGAAAUUAUGUCAAGAGUCUACCCAGAACAUAAAGAAACCACGGAGAACUGGAAAGUGACGUACGUUCAAAAGCUACUGCAUUUUAAACAACUAAGUGCUACAUCAUUCGGAUGUUUUGAAGAAAACCAGAAGAUAACAUCUGAAGAUUACUCAAUUUAUCAGAUGUCGAAAAAACUAUACCAGUUUCGAAAGAUUUUAAAAGAUAUUGAACGAAAGCAUUCUGUAAAAGAAAGAUGGAAACCUGGUCAUCCUAAUUUUGACGUCGUUGCAUUGCAAGUCAUACAAAGAAAACGAAAAGAUACUGUCGGAGCUUUACAUGGACUUUCCAUAGAAAGGCAUUUCUUAAUAACAUUGAGAAAGAAGUAUGCAGAUGGUCAGAAAAUUGCCACUCGCUUGUCCAGGCAAAUCACCAAGAUCACGAACAAGAUGAAAUUAACAAUUGAGAAACACAAUGCUGCCAUUGAUUCUCUUCGUGAUUUUAUAAACAGUUUACCCGAUCGUCUGACAUUUGACAAAACGAAAGAUCCUACAUCAGACCUUUAUGAGGGAUUUGAGUCUGGUGAGGAUGACAUUCUAGGGAAUCCUCGGUCCCAGUAUACACAAAGAGGAAAGCUAUUGAAAUCACUUGCUGAUAUUGGUGAUUUGAGCAGCGAUGAAUUCAUGCUUGGUUCAAAGCAUGAACUGAUAAGAUUUAAAACCAAAUUGCGGAAUGAGUUGUUCAGCUUGAAGAAAAGUUUUGAGCUUCCACUUGGAGAAACUUUUCUUCUCCAUGCUGAGAUUGUCAACUUAACCAAUGAUGUCAACAUUCCCAAUGAAUCUGAAAGCUCACCGUAUGAGGAAUCCGAUACUGAAGAUGAAAACAUCGAAGAGCUCUCAGAAGUGGACAGUGACAUUGAAUAG